GUUUUAUCGGCAACGUCAAAAAUCUGACGUACUGACGUGGAGCUGGAGAUGUGGAGGAUUUAAAAGGGGCUGUUUUUAGUUUUAAAAAGAAACAUCUUUUUUACUUAAAGAAGGUGUUAAAAGUGCCACAAAAAGAUGGCUACUUACGAAGAAUACAUACAACAAAACGAAGACCGCGACGGUAUACGCCUUACUUGGAAUGUAUGGCCUUCCAGUAGAAUUGAAGCUACACGCUUGGUAGUUCCACUGGCCUGUUUGUACCAGCCUAUCAAAGAACGUCCAGACUUACCACCGAUUCAGUACGAUCCAGUUUUAUGCACCAGGAACAACUGCAGAGCCAUAUUGAACCCUUUGUGCCAAGUAGAUUACAGAGCAAAGUUGUGGGUGUGCAAUUUUUGUUUCCAAAGAAACCCGUUUCCUCCUCAAUAUGCUGCUAUAUCAGAACAGCACCAGCCAGCUGAGCUUAUGCCAAUGUUUUCAACUAUCGAAUAUACCAUUACAAGAGCACAAACAUUGCCACCUAUUUAUCUUUAUGUUGUCGAUACAUGCAUGGAUGAGGAGGAAUUAACAGCUUUAAAAGACUCACUCCAAAUGUCUUUGAGUUUGUUACCACCCAAUGCCCUGAUUGGUUUAAUUACUUUUGGAAAGAUGGUACAAGUACAUGAGCUAGGCUCGGAGGGUUUAAGUAAGUCAUAUGUGUUUAGAGGCACAAAAGACCUUAAUGCCAAACAAGUUCAGGAUAUGUUAGGUAUAGGUAAAGUGCCUGUUAAUCCUCAGGGUAUGCAAAACCCUAAUAUGAGACCUGGGCAACCAGGACAGCCUGUGCAACCCAUUCCACCAGCUAGUAGAUUUAUUCAACCAGUAGCAAACUGUGAAAUGAACCUCACAGACCUCAUAGGGGAGCUCCAGAGGGACCCGUGGCCUGUGCCCCAAGGCAAACGUUCCUUAAGAUCGACUGGAACAGCCUUGUCAAUUGCCAUAGGUCUUCUGGAAAGCAGUUACCCAAACACCGGUGCUAGAGUCAUGUUGUUUGUUGGCGGACCAUGUUCUCAAGGCCCUGGUCAAGUGUUGAAUGACGACUUAAAGUUACCAAUUAGGUCUCACCACGAUAUACAAAAGGAUAACGCAAAAUACAUGAAAAAGGCCAUAAAGCAUUACGAAGCUCUGGCUAUGAGAGCUGCAACCAAUGGUCACUGUGUAGACAUUUAUUCAUGCGCAUUAGAUCAAACAGGUCUUAUGGAAAUGAAGCAGUGUUGCAAUUCGACUGGUGGACACAUGGUGAUGGGAGAUUCCUUCAACUCUUCCUUGUUCAAGCAAACAUUUCAAAGGGUCUUUGUUAAAGACCAGAAAAAUGAUCUUAAAAUGGCUUUCAAUGGUACCUUGGAAGUGAAGUGUUCCAGGGAACUAAAAAUACAAGGUGGUAUUGGCGCUUGCGUAUCGCUGAACGUCAAGAGCCCCCUGGUGGCGGACACCGAAAUAGGAAUGGGCAACACCGUCCAGUGGAAAAUGUGUAGCUUCACUCCCAGCACUACAGUAGCCCUGUUUUUCGAGGUUGUCAAUCAGCAUUCGGCGCCCAUACCUCAAGGCGGGCGGGGCUGUGUACAGUUCAUAACACAAUAUCAGCAUUCUAGUGGUCAAAAGCGAAUCAGGGUGACGACGAUAGCUAGAAACUGGGCAGAUGCAACUGCUAACAUCCACCACAUUAGUGCGGGUUUCGACCAGGAGUGCGCUGCGGUCAUAAUGGCACGUAUGGCUGUUUACAGAGCUGAAACAGACGAAAGUCCCGACGUUCUGAGAUGGGUGGAUAGAAUGUUGAUCCGGUUGUGCCAGAAAUUUGGGGAAUACAACAAAGACGACCCGACUUCCUUCCGCUUAGGUGAAAACUUCAGUUUGUACCCCCAGUUCAUGUAUCACCUUCGUCGAUCGCAGUUUCUGCAAGUUUUCAACAACUCGCCGGACGAAACGUCGUUCUACAGGCACAUGCUGAUGAGAGAAGAUUUGACGCAAUCCUUGAUAAUGAUACAGCCGAUUUUGUACAGCUACAGCUUCAACGGACCUCCCGAACCCGUGUUGUUGGACACUAGUUCAAUACAGCCGGAUAGAAUUCUGCUUAUGGAUACGUUUUUCCAAAUUCUGAUCUUCCAUGGAGAGACUAUAGCAUCGUGGCGUAACCUGAAAUACCAGGACAUGCCCGAAUACGAGAACUUCCGCCAGUUGCUCCAGGCUCCAGUAGAUGACGCGCAGGAGAUCCUGCAAACGCGUUUUCCGAUGCCUCGGUAUAUUGACACCGAACAGGGGGGAUCCCAGUCUAGGUUCCUGCUUUCCAAAGUUAACCCAAGCCAGACUCACAAUAAUAUGUACUCGUAUGGAGGGGCUGUUAUGGCUGGUGCUAGUGGGGACACCGGUGCCCCUGUACUCACUGACGAUGUUUCUUUGCAAGUUUUCAUGGACCACCUUAAAAAACUCGCUGUAUCCUCCACAGCCUAAUCAAAACCGUUUUUUUUUAAUUAUUUAUUCUGUACAGAUCAAGAGAAGAAGCCAGAAAAAAAAACAGUUCCCUAUAUAUUUUUUUCAUAUUUUAUUAUAUACUUUAAUUUUGUAUGUAUUAUGUAUUCUGUUAGUUAGGUAAAAAGGUUGAGUAAUUGAAAAUUUGUUACUGGAUUGUGUAGUUUUAAGUGUUUAAUAAAAAGAGUUUAGUAAGUAAA